GCUUUGGCCUAUUGCUCAGUUUAGGAGGGGAACUAGUUAUGAAGACGAACAAGGCGACGGUGUUGACAUUUGCAGAGAAAUGCAAGAGUAUACUGUCUGCGAAUUGGCGAGGGCAGCUGAAUACCAUCAAGGCUGAUGCUAAAGGAAGCAAGGAGGACAUUUACACAUCAAAGAUCAAGUACAUAUGCAAAAGAGGGAAGCCGUACAUUUGGAUACCAGAGAAGGAGUUGCACAAUGUGAACUUAAUUGUUGAUGAACGGGGUUCUUUUUCUGUGGCUAGUCCCAUCCCAGGGCCACUGGCAGGUUUACUUAGAUCAAUAAAGAAGUUACCAGAUCGAGUUGCUCUGACUGGAGAUGUUGUUCCUUUAACUGAUGAAAAGGCUCAGUCCGCAACAAAAGUCCUUAGAGAAGUCAUGCAAUCGGAACAGAGAGCAAUCAGUGCUUCCAGUUAUACAGUGUCAGGUGUAUUAAGUUCUUCUGAUCAUAGUCGUACUUCGCGGAGUGAAAACCUUAAGGAUCUCUUGGAAGGGGAUGAAAAGUACAUAGUUUAUAAGUUCAACCAGAGAUCUUGCAUGUACAUUGAUGGAAAUGGAAGCACUCAUGAAAUUGAUGAAGAAGACAUGGGUCAAUGUAAAGCAGAUCCGUUAGCUUGUUUAUCUGCUAAGCUUAUUGAUGGGAUAAAUCAGAGUGUAGCAAGACGCAGAGCCCUGACGCUUUUUUGUUUGACAUACAAGAAUGCAAAUGCUAAGGAUGCAUACAUGCUGUCUGUCGAUCACAAGGGAUUUGAGGUAUUGAGCAAGGUUGCCGGUCCAUUGUCGAAGGGAGACAUUGGUCAGUACCAGUGGAAGGAGUUCAGAUUUAACUUGAAGGAAGAGGCACGUGAUGUUGAAUCAUUCUGCCGUCAACUUGUAGAAAUGGAAAUGGAUGCUGUUAAGGAGGUCUCAAGCCAUAGUGGUUUAGCCUGACAAGGUAUCAUGGCUGUUCUAUAUCAGUUACGUGUCUUUGUUUUUUCAUUUUGACAUAUUUUUAUGGAAAGAAUUUUUUGAUUCUGGUUCCCUGUUAAUAUUGUUGUUCCACCCUUCAAUUCAUACUACUGCGAGAACCUUCUGUAUAAUAGUCCAAGUCAUGAACUGACCAAAGACAACAUAAGGAUUUCUACAUAAUCUGUUGAAGCCUUGAAGGACCGGUUCCUAAAAGUCAUGCUAAUUUUCUGCAAUGCUAAACCUCAAAUAUUGUGAGGAGGUUUAGCAUGACAUAAUCUGUUUUAGCAACGUUUGAUCAUGGGCAAGAUUCAUAAUUGCCUGGACUCUUGUUAGCAGAAAGAGCUAGGGCAUAAGAACAGGUUAUUUUGCUAAGAACUAAACCUUUUUGACGGGAUCUCAUUUUUACAAUACAAUAAACUUGUUACAGAUAGGUUUCAUAGGUAAUCAUGCUUAACAAACUUAACAAGUAACAUCAUAAAGAUGUUGGCAAAUGUUCAAAAGCACAUACUGUACCGACAUA